AUGGAUCUAUCAAAGAAGGAUGCUACGCAAUUUGCGCAAACUUCUGCGUCAAACUCAGAGGUCGAACAUGGAGCCGUCGGUACGACGUAUGAGGUCAAACGCGACCUUGGGCGUCGUCAUAUCAACAUGAUUGCCAUAGCUGGCAUGAUCGGUACCGGACUUUUCUUAGCAUCCGGCCAGGCCAUCGCUACCGCAGGACCAGUCGGCGCUCUCUUCGGAUAUCUGUGCAUGGGCUUAAUUGCAUGCGGUGUCGCCCUGUCUGCAGGAGAGAUGUCGGCGUUUAUGCCUGUCACUGGAGGAUUUGUCCGCCAUGCCACGAAGUUCGUGCAACCUGCACUCGGCAUCGCAACCGGAUGGAACUUUUGGUACACCAUGGCAAUCACAGCACCAGCUGAGCUCGCCGCUGCGGCAACCUUGAUCAACUUCUGGGACAACAGCAUUAACCCUGCUGUUUGGUACUCCGUGUUUAUUGUGAUCAUCGUGAUCAUCAACUUCUGCGGAGUGAAGGUUUAUGGCGAGAGCGAAGUCUUCUUCGCAGCUCUCAAGAUCCUCCUCAUCAUAGGUCUCAUCAUCGCCGGCUUAGUCGUCGACCUUGGAGGAUCCCCUAGUGGAGAUCGAAUCGGCUUUCGAUACUGGAAGAACCCCGGUCCUUUCAACGAAUACAUCGUCCCUGGAAACACCGGCAAGUUUCUCGGUUUCUGGAGCUCCUUGAUCUCCGCAGCCUACAGCUACGCAAAUAUCCAGGUGGUCGCCAUCGCUGGCGCCGAGACAAGGAACCCAAGAGUCAUCAUCCCUAACGCUAUUCGAAUGACGUUCUGGAGAGUACUCAUCUUCUAUGUUGUCAGCAUCUUCAUCGUUGGCAUGCUUGUACCGUUCAACGACCCGAACCUUGGCAUCUCUACUGGUGAUGCUCAGCAGAGUCCUUUCGUCAUUGCCUUCCAGCGCGCAGGUAUCAACGUUCUGCCGUCAAUUAUCAACGCUAUAGUAUGCACUUCGGCCUUUAGCUGCGGCUCUGCAUGCGUCUUCCUUGCAUCACGGACCCUUUACGGGCUGGCAGAGGAUGGACAAGCUCCCCGUGUCUUGCUUCGCACAAACAGGUUCGGAACGCCAUACUUGGCGAUAGGAGCUUCUCUCAUCUUCAUGCCACUUGUCUAUCUCAGUCUGGGGAGCAAUUCUUCGGUGGUGUUUGGGUGGUUUGUCAACAUUACAACCAUUGCUGGGCUGAUUGGGUGGCUUGUCAUCAAGGUCACGUACCUGAGGUUCUUCUACGCAUUGAAGUUCCAGGGUAUCAGCCGAGACCGUCUCGCAUACAAGAGCCCAUUGCAGCCAUACCUCGCUUGGGUCACUGGGGGCGCGCUCGUGCUUGUUAUCUUGUUCUCGGGAUAUAGCGUUUUCUUCCCCGGUCGCUGGAGCGUGGGCACCUUUCUCACGUACUACGUCGAUAUAGCUAUCUUCAUUUUCCUGUGGAUUGCUGGGUUCUGCUACGCGAGAUCGGGAAUCAUUGCUUUGCAAGAUGUCGAUCUGUCGGAGAUUGCGGAUGUUGACCGCGAGAAGGCGGAGAUCUUGAAUUCAGUAGAAGAAAAUCUGUCGUGGUGGAGGAAGUGGGUCAUAUAG